GUGUUUGCUUUACCUAUUGUAUGUGUAUUGAGUUUCUGUUCUCCUGGUAGAGAGAAAAGGCGAUCCAGAUCAAUAACACAUAUAUACAUGCUAUUCCAUUUUGAACAGGGAUUGAUGUAUUUGAGGCUUUACCUUAAUCAAUGUAGGCGCUGGGUGUACACUAGCUAUGAGAUUUGUGCUUAUAGUUGUGACCUUCUACCGGCUUUCUUUGUGUUUUUGUGAACUUGCAAGGAAAGAAAUAUUGAAUCACCUACUUAAUUCAUCAAGAUACGAUGCAAGAAUUGCACCAAAUUAUGAAGAAGAUCGCGCCACAAACGUCACUCUGCAAUUUCAUAUCAUGAGCAUCAACUCCAUCAACGAGAUGGCGAUGGAAUUAUCAAUGGAGGUGUUUUUGAGGCAAACAUGGGUGGACCCACGCCUCAACUUUGAGCACUUAAGUAAUUUCAGUAACCUUGAACUUGACCAGCGGAUGAUGGCGUCCGUUUGGAUCCCAGAUACUUAUUUUCCCAACGAAAAGGAGGGACACUUCCACGUCAUUACUGUCCCUAACAAACUCCUUCACAUCAGCAGAAACGGUACCGUCUUCUAUAGCGUCAGGUUGUCUUUGACGUUAACAUGCCGUAUGAAUUUGUACAACUAUCCCAUGGACGAACAAGAUUGCCCUGUUUUCAUAGAAACAUAUGGGUAUACUGAAGAAAAUGUCCUUUUUAACUGGAAGCCAGUUAAUGCUGUCAUCGUGGAUGAAGUAGAAAUGCCACAGUUCCAUUUCAGAGAUCAACCUUCCAUUAGAAAAUGUUCUCGCACUUUCAAAUAUAGCUCUGUUGCAAGUUUUACCUGCCUGACAACGACACUACAUUUUCAAAGAAAUAUUGGAUAUUAUAUGGCCCAGGUCUUCAUUCCAAGCAUCCUCAUUGUCAUCCUUUCUUGGGUCUCAUUCUGGGUACACGUAGAUGCCAUUCCAGCCCGAAUUUCCUUGGGUGUUUUAACAGUACUCACCAUAACCACGCAAAGUUCCGGAAUAAGAGCAUCAUUGCCACGUGUGUCUUAUAUUAAGGCUAUAGAUGUCUGGAAUUCAAUGUGUUUAGUCUUCGUGUUUGCUGCCUUACUAGAGUAUGCCUAUAUCAAUGUUCAAACACGACGACACCAAAAAUCGAUGUUGAAAGAUACCUUAAUGAACGUUCAAGCGUCACAUCCUCUAAUGAAUUCUGAAGGAGGAACUCCAGUGAGGUGCAUUGAUGUACGGAAGACGAUCGGUGUGAAAAAAAUUGACUAUCUCAAAACCGCUCGCACGGUAGAUAAAGUCUCAAGAGUUGCCUUUCCAAUUUCAUUUCUCAUCUUUAACACUGUAUUUUGGAUUUAUUAUAUGUAUGCCAAUGACCAUCUAUCAGAUUAAAGCUUCAUUACUGUA